UUCGGACCAUAAUCCUUCUGGUGAUGAAGCCGAGGGUAAAGGGCAAAAACCAUCAUGUACCUAUAUUUGGUAAUACUGUUCUGUACUUGGCGAAGUUUGUGCAGAGCUCCUGAACUUGAAAUUUCUUUGGCAGCAUUUGGCAUUUCUUUUGCCGUGAGUCGAUCAUUGUGUAGCUAUAAACAUACCCAACCAGAAGGAGUUGCAGCCGAAAUAGCCUAAGGCGAAGUGGCCAGUAAUCCCCAAACAAGGAGUUGUUCGAUUUUGUUCAUUUUUUCCCACAGAUGUUCUUGUCAUUAUAAAAGAGACGACAUUUACUAGAACCUGACCUAACCAACCAAAGAAACAUACCAACCUUACAUAUCUUAAAAUUUUAAGAGAUGAUGCUGAAUAGCAGUGAUCCUGAUGAAAUGCAUAGUGAUCCCCAAGUAUCCAUUGGGGUGAAUGAGAAGGUCUUCAGUGAUGCUAUCCAUGGGGCCAUCUUUCUCCAUCCACUAUGUGUUAAAAUCAUUGACACUCCACAGUUCCAGCGGCUCAGAUUCGUUAAACAGUUGGGUUCUGUUUACUUCGUAUACCCAGCUGCAGCUCACAGUCGAUUUGAACACAGCCUUGGGUUCAUCAAGACGCUUGGAACUUGUUUCUUUGUCUUUCCUGCUGCAGCACACAAUCGCUUUGAGCACAGCCUUGGGGUUUGUCAUUUGGCUGGUGAGUUGAUUGGUGCCAUUAAGACCCGCCAGCCUGAGUUAAAGAUCCAAGACGAGGAUGUUUUGUGUGUUCAAAUAGCUGGUCUGUGUCACGACCUGGGUCACGGCCCUUUCAGUCACCUCUGGGAAGAAUUUGUUAAUGAAGCUCGACCAGGGAAGAAGUGGAAGCAUGAGGAGGCAUCUGUAAAAAUGUUUGAUUAUUUAUUGGAAGUCAAUAACCUUGAUGAUGAAUUUGAGAAAUAUAAAUUAGGAGAUAAGGAUAAGAAGUUUAUCAGGGAACUCAUCGGUGGUGCAAAGUCUGCAAAUGGAAUAUGGCCAUAUGAAGGUUUAGGAAAGGAGAAAGCUUUUUUGUAUGAGGUUGUGGCCAACAAGCGGACUGGGGUGGACGUAGAUAAGUGGGACUAUUUUGUGCGUGAUAGUUAUAGCUUUGGCAUGAAAGUAACAUUUAACUACAGUCGCCUCAUGAAGUUCUCACGUGUGAUUAACGUAGAAGGGGAGGGGUGGCAGAUAUGUAUACCUGACAAGGAGAGAGAUAACCUGUACGACAUGUUCCAUGCUAGACGUACACUUCACAGAACAGCCUAUCAGCAUCGUGUUGUCAAGAUCAUUGAUUCUAUGUUAAUGGAUGCCUUUUUGGGAGCAGAUAAGCAUAUUAAGUAUCGUGGGAAAAACAAGUAAGUUUCAA